AUGAUAACAAGGAAUAUUUCCAUAAUGGCUAAGAAAAACUUCAAGAAGAGAAACAAUAAAGGUAAUUCCAAAGGUUUUGGUAAAAGACCAGAAAGAGACGAAAGAUGGAGUGAAGUUGUUAGAGAAAACUCCACUUGGGAAAAUUACUACAAGUCAUUAAACUUAAUUCCAGAAUCAGAAUGGGAUGCUUUUAAAACUGCAUGUCAAACCAAUUUGCCAAUGACUUUUAGAAUUACUGGUUCUAGAAAACAUGCCGAAGAAAUCAGAAACAUUUUCCUUGAUCGUCAUGUGAGCCAUUUAAAGGGUAAGACAUUUGAAGGUGUUGAUAUUACUCCAAAGAAUAUCGAAUUCUAUCCAGAUCAAUUAGGUUGGCAAAUAGAUGUUUCCAAGAAUGUCAUUAAGAAGGAAAAAGAAUAUGCUAAAACUCAAAGAUUUUUAGUUGUUGAAACAGAAGUAGGUAAUAUUUCCCGUCAAGAAGCCGUGAGUAUGAUUCCACCUUUGUUAUUGGAUGUUAAACCACACCAUUACGUUUUGGAUAUGUGUGCCGCCCCAGGUUCAAAGACUGCACAAUUAAUCGAAGCCUUACAUGCUGAUGAUGAAAAAAAAUUACCUACUGGUUUUGUUUUGGCUAAUGAUUCUGAUUAUAAACGUUCCCAUAUGUUGGUACAUCAAGUUAAGAGAUUGAACUCUCCAAAUUUCUUGGUUGUUAAUCACGAUGCAACUUUGUUCCCUAGAAUCAGAUUAAAUAAUACACAACAAGACUUGAAGUUUGACCGUAUUUUAUGUGAUGUUCCAUGUUCCGGUGAUGGUACCAUGAGAAAGAACUUGAAUGUGUGGAAAGAUUUCAGAGUUGGCAAUGCUCUAGGUUUACAUUCUGUCCAAGAAUUGAUUUUAAACCGUGGGUUGCAAUUGUUGAAGAAAGGUGGUAGAUUAGUUUACUCAACUUGUUCCUUAUCUCCAAUUGAAAAUGAAGCCAUUGUUGCAUCUGCCUUGAGAAAAUGGGGAGACCAAAUCAGAUUAGUUAAUGUUGACAAUGAAUUACCAGGAUUGAAAAGACGUCAAGGUGUUACUGACUGGAAAGUUUAUGGUAAAGAUAUGGAAUUAAGAGAACCAGGUGCUGAAGAUGUUCCUGCUACUGCAUUCCCACCUACUAAAGAAGAAGUUGAAAAAUUCCAUUUGGAAAAUUGUGUUAGAGUAUACCCACAUUUACAAAACACUGGUGGUUUCUUUAUUACUGUUUUUGAAAAGAUUGAUCCACAAGCUGGUACUGAAUCAAAGAGAAAAGCAGAAGAAAGCGAUAGCGAAGAUGCCGAAAUCAAGAAACCAAAGAAUGAAGGGCAAGCUGAAGAUUCUAGUGCUGCUAAAAAGGGAAGAUUACCAAGAGAUGCCAAUGAAGAACCAUUUAUCUUUUUGGACCCACAAAACUCAGAAUUACAAAAAUGUUACCCAUUCUAUGGAUUCAACGAUAAAUUUCCAAAAGAUUGUGCUUUGGUUAGAAAUGCCACUGGUGAACCAUUGAGAACAAUAUAUUACACAGCUCCUAUCAUCAAAGAAAUAUUGACCAUCGAAAAACAAAAGUUGAAAUUGGUCCAUGGUGGUAUUAAAUUGUUUGUUGCUCAAAGAAAUGAUAUCGGAACAUGUGGAUGGAGAAUUCAAACCGAAUCAUUGCAUACCAUAGAACACUUUGUUAGCGACAAAAGACAUGUCAAAUGUAACUUGCAAUUGUUAGAACAUUUGAUGAAGGAAGGAUACCCAAAGAUCGAGGACAUCAAGAAUUCUGGUAUUGACCCUCAAUUCUCUGAAAAAAUUGACAAUGUCGAUGAAGGGUGUUUGUUUUUGACUGUUGAAAGAGGUGAUGGAUUGGAAAACUUGUCGUUACCAUUAUGGAGAGGUAAAACCAAUGUUAACUUGAUGGUGAAUAAAAAGGACAACCAUGAAUUGUUGUACCGUGUUUUUGAUAUCCAAACAAAAGCUACAGAUGCUGGUAAAGAACUGAUCCACCAAAAGAAGGUUGAAGCUCAAAAGAAAGCACAAAGAGAAGCCUCAGAAGCCCCUUCCGAUGCUCCUUCAGUUUCUGAAACACCAGAACAAGUUACACCAGAGCAAGAAACCCCAAAACCAGAAAAUGAAGAGAAACAAGAAUAA